AUGCGGUGCCUGUAUCUACUCAUACUUUCCGUCGGCUCUCUCUGUGCUACUUCAGAGACCAUCUCACUGCCGAAUGUCAAUGCCACCUUUGCCAAGACCCCUAAGCCAUUCCAGAUCCAUGUUGAUCAAGGCUUCAUUGAGGACACCCGGCAGCGGGUUGCUCAUACAAGGUCACCGUUGUUCAUAAAUGAGUCAAGCGAUGGACCCGGUACUGAGAAUUUCACAAGCGUUCGUGACUUCUGGGUCAAUGAGUAUGAUUGGAACACUACGGAAGCUUCUAUCAACAAGAGAUUCGAGCAGUUUACGACUAUUGUUGAGCCAGAAAUCGAUAACGUCACUCAUUCUGUACCGCUGCACUUCGUACAUCACCGCUCACCCAGGUCGGAUGCCAUACCAUUGCUGUUUAUUCAUGGGUGGCCAGGGUCCUUCCUUGAAGUCGGUAAUAUUAUCGAACAUCUGACAAAUCCACCAAAUACUUCUCUACCAGCGUUUCAUGUUGUUGCGCCUUCAAUCCCGGGCUUUGGAUUCUCUCCUGCACCGACACAGCCAGGGUUCGGCCCCGCGGCGGCUUCCUAUGCAUUCAACGAACUGAUGCUUCAGCUUGGCUACUCCCGAUACGUUAUCCAAGGUGGAGAUUUUGGUGGCGUCAUUCUUCGCUACCAAGCUCACAAUUUCCCAAAGAAUGUGAUCUCAGCACUCAGCAAUUUCUGGAUCAUCCAGCCUGGGAACAACGACCUUCGCCGACUUGCACAGGGGGAAUCAACGCCCGAUGAGGUUGCAUACAUCAAGAUCAUAGAGAAUUAUGAGAAUCAAGGAUCUGGCUACCGACUGAUUAUGUCUACGGAACCACUCACCCUGGCAUUUGGUAUGACAGACUCGCCACUUGGAAAUGCCAUGUGGAUGUACUCCAUCAUGAAGAGGGUCAUCGACCCGGCUAUCAUGGCUUGGACUCCCGAGGAGAUCAUUACUUGGUCCAUGAUGUAUUGGAUCCAGGGUCCAUACGGUGGUAUGCGGUUCUAUAAGGAAGUUCAAGACGACGGGGGCUUUGAAACACUCGACUUUGGCACCCUGCCCGUGGUAGAGAUCCCUGUCGCCAUCAGUCAAUUCCCCUAUGACUUGACUUAUCGUAUGCCGAUAGAUUGGGCAAAGCGAGGAGGAAAUGUUCUAAAAAGAACUGUACAUGAUCAUGGCGGCCAUUUUGCUGCUUAUGAAGUCCCUGAUCUGCUUCUCCAUGAUAUAUGGUCUUGGUUCGGAGAUAAGGAAGCUUCAGGGACCAAGGUAUUCGACUAA